UCCUCUUAUUAUCAGCAAAGAGGAAAAACAAAAAGAGUAGCGCCUAUAAGCAUGAAUCAAGUGUUCCCUCCCACUUAUCUGCACCCAGACCAGGCAAAAAAGAACUUCCUCGGAGCAAAACACCACCCUCUUUCGAGGGUGUAGCCACCCCGGAUGGGGUUUCUCUAUGUCUCGCCCGCCCGCGGUAAUUUUCAAUUCCGUCAUCUUAACCGGCGCUCGCAGACGCCUCACGCACCAACUGCAUACAUCCUCUUCACCAGGCUUCCAAGCCUCUCUACGAACCAGGCCGCCCGAAGUCGAUUCCCUCAGGCGAACCUAAAGGAAUGCUCCAACUUUUUAACACCGAAGGUCGAGUCGAGAAUCGAACCCGAGACCAACUACAAGACCCAGGUGAGGUUUGUCGACGGUAGUGAAACACUACCUCGGGAGGUAAAUGCCUGGACUCCGGCCGCGGGCUUACACUCGGUGUGGCCGACCAACUGAGCUGCUGGGCAAAUUAGUAGAUGAGGGGUUUGGAUUUUACGCGGAA